AUGCGACUUGGGAAAAUAUUCCCAGCGCCGUCGGCGUGGCUUCAGAUCUUGAUGGCGUGCUCAAACAGCUGCGGAGCGGAAUCGCCCAGCGGCAACAACCAGGGUCUUCUGGGCAUCUGUCGCCCCGUCGCUAAGGAGGCCCUCACAGCCGAAGAGGCCGAAAAGGAUGCUUGGAGGCAAGCGGAGACAAAGAGGGUGGAAGACAUGGUGAGGGAAGAACAUGUCAUGCUACAGGAUGCGGCCAACAGGAGGGAUGAUACUGUCUCAACCAUGGAGACAAUAGGCGUAGAAGAUGCUGACAACAUGUUUGAAGGGUUUGUGGGGCGUAUCAGCCCACGACAGUACGUUCUAGACGGGGACAGAGCCUUGCCCACCAGACAUCCUGCCCUUCCGCCGAGCGCUUUGGGUCCACGUAAAUUUUAUUUCCUUGAGAACGCUGACGUAUCGAUGGAAGCCGUCACUCAUCAGAUGGCUGGAGUUCUUCGUACCGUGGAGGAAAAAGUAAAGAAAAUUGAGGCGCUUCAGAUUGACGGGCCUUCAGGUCAGCAGAAAGGAGGCUCUGGAAACCCGAGCGGUGCCCUAAUUGCACCACCAGUUUCACCGCCUGGCAUAACUGACUCAUCGUCAUCCAGUGCCAACCAGGAUGACAAAGAGGGUGGUGGAGACGCCGACAAUACGAAGGACAACAACUUUGAUAGAAACGGCAACCCCUUGGAUUCGGCCGGAGAUCGAGGCCAUCUGGCCGUGAAAUCAGAUGGCACUCUCAUGGCAGAAGGUGCCGACACAGAAAUUGGCCCAGCGCCCCGAUAUGCGCCGGGUACGACAUACAACGAUUUUUCAAGGCAUUUAUUUGCUUCAAGUGAAGCCGAAGAACUCCCGAACGUGGCUGCCCAGCCGUGGUGUACAACCACGCUACAAGAAACGAGACGAUGCAUCGGAGCAGAGCUUGAAGUGGCCAUGCUCUGCAUGCAAAAGCGACUCGGCAAGCAACCCAUCGUGUACGGCGAGCAGGACGCCACCGGUGAACUUGAAAAAGAACAAGGAACUGAAGACAGCGUAGCCAGCAAGCCCGCAGAGCAGCCGCCCGAGAAAGAGGUGGUGCGGACACGGGAGCACGGCAGAUCGUCCCGGUUACAGUCGGCGAGCACCCCACGCCGCGGCCCACGAACAAGUUAA